AUGUCACACACGCCCAACUUCGCCAGCCCUCCUCCCGAUGUCGGCCCGGACGCCGCCGUCUCCUUCCCCCGCAAGCAUAUCAUGUUAAUCACCCUCAACCGGCCCCGCCACCUGAACUCAAUCUACUCGGAACUUCACUACUCCCUCGCCCGGCUUUACGAGUGGUAUGACACGGAGCCAACCCUCCGCUGUGCCGUCCUAACGGGCACCGGGCGCGCCUUCUGCGCUGGCGCGGACCUGAAAGAGUGGAACGUCCGUAACACCACGGGCAAAUCCAACAACCCGUCUUCCGUCAGCGCAGACCCGGCCCCACAAGCUCCGGUGGUGACAGCCGACCACCCGGACGCCAAGCCAGGUGAAAAGUGGCCAUCCACCGCCGGCUUUGGCGGACUGUCGAAUCGCGGUGGGAAGAAGCCUGUUAUUGCUGCUGUCAAUGGUCUGUGUCUCGGUGGCGGGAUGGAGAUGAUUAUCAAUGCGGACUUGGUGUACGCGUCCACGAAGGCUAAGUUUGGACUUCCCGAGGUGACCAUCGGUGUCAUCGCCAUCGCUGGCGCUCUCCCUCGUCUGAUCAAGUCCGUGGGUCGCCAGCGUGCCACGGAGAUGGCCCUGAUUGGGAGAACGGACUACACUGCCGAGGAAAUGGUAUCCUGGGGACUUGUGAACAAGGUUGUGCAGCCCGACGACUUGAUGGAGACUGCGCUGGGUGCCGCGGAGGCCAUUGCGAGAAACUCGCCGGACUCAAUCAUCGUCUCGAGAGAGGGCCUAAAGACUGGGUGGGAGCCGAUGGGUCCGAUAGAGGCGACGGGUUUCAUUGACCAGACGAUUUAUCGCAAGAUGGAGGCGGGAGAAAACAUGACUGAAGGCGUCAAGAGUUUCGUCGAGAAGAGAAAGCCGGUGUACAAGGAUAGUAAGCUUUAA